CAUGACGCUUCAUGCAGUUCCGCGUAUAUCUCAUAGAGGAAUCCGAUGCCAGUUCUUCGACAAUCUUCACUCUUGAGCUUCCGUAGGAAUUCAUUUAGCCCCUGUAAACAGCAAAUCGAAAAUCAUGUCCAAGAUCAUCACCGUCUUCGGCGCAACGGGCAAUCAAGGCGGCUCCGUCGUCGAAGCCAUCCUCACAGACAAGAGCCUCUCCCGAGAAUUCAAAGUCCGGGCCGUCACUCGCGAUGUGAACAAGCCAGCCGCCCAGAAGCUCGCCUCCAAGGGCGUCGAGCUCGUCUCGGCAGACAUGUCCUCGUCCUCCUCCGUCGCCCCCGCCGUCAAAGACGCCCACACCGUCUUCCUCGUCACCAACUUCUGGGAGAGCAUGUCCGCCGCCACCGAGAUCUCGCAGGGCAAGGCCGUCGUCGACGCCAGCAAGGCCGCCGGCGUCGAGCACAUCAUCUUCUCGUCCCUCAUCGACGCCACAAAGGCCAGCGGCGGCCGGCUGCCCAACAUCUCGCACUUUGACGGCAAGGCCCGCAUCGAGGAGUACAUUCGGGCCACCAGCGGCGUCAAGGGCACGUUUGUCCUGCCGGGCAUGUUCAUGAGCGGCUUCACGACCAUGAUUCGCCCGAAUCCGCCGUCGGAGCCGGCUGGGUAUACGCUGGCUUUGCCGGUCGACCCGGAUAAGGCGGAGGCGCCGUUGUUUGCUGCCGCUGAGGAUAUGGGCAAAUUUGUCAAGGCUGCUAUUAAAAACUUCCCGUUGCAGACCGGGAACCGCAUCCUCGCGGCGACAGACUACUACACCAUUCACCGGCUCAUCUCGGAGUUUGCCGAGGUCAUGGGCAAGCCUGCGCACGCCGUGCAGAUCCCAGACGACAAGUUCAAGUCGUUCCUGUCGCCGGCGGCAGCGCAAGAGCUGCUGGAGAACAUGAAGUUGCUGGAAGGCCCAGGGUAUUAUGCUGGCGAGAGUCUGGGGGCUAGUUUGGCGUUGUUGGAAGAGAAGCCGACGACGUGGAAGGAGUUUGUAGAGAAACAUAAAGAGAAGUGGCUUCACUCUAGCCCUUGAGAUGACGGGAUGAGCUCCGCUGGGAGUUGGAAGGGUCGCUUAUUUGCCAGAGGGAGUGGAUUGAUAUCGA